GAGAGAGAGAGAGAGAGAGAGAGAGAAAGAUACAGAGCAGCCACGGUCCCCACGACGCCCUCCUAGGACGAGCAGACGGUGACCAGUUCGUUCGCGUUGCCCGCGACUGUCUCCUCCCUGCCUCUGCCACCCGACUCUCUCCUCUUCUUCUUCCCACACGCUUGGCGCGCGCGUGCGUCCAUCUGUCGGUCGUUGGUUGGUUGAGCAACAAUGGCAGUGCAGGCUCAUUACCACCACCGCGAGUCCCCGUUCCUCGCCAGCAGAGGCGGCGGCGCGCCGGAGAGCAGUCGGAUGGCGGCGGCGACGGAGCUGUCGCAGGCGCAGAAGGAGGCGAUGGCGCCGCAGAAUCCUCAGCACCUCUUCCUGGACUUCUCCCAUGGAGAUUGCGGCGGUGGGAGGAAGCGGCAGCGCGAGGCGGAGGCGGCCAUGUCGCCGCAGCUCUUCUCGAUGCAGCCGCAGGCGCAGGGUCCCAAGGUGAUAAGCCUGGCGCAACUACACAAGCGGCCGGCGACGGGGCUCAGGCUUGACUUCUACGAGGGCUCGGAGCACGUGUCGUCCACGUCCUCGGCCUCGGCGUCGUGUCUCCUCUCCGACGAGCUCGCAGCGCAGCGUGAUCAGCACAAGAACGAGAUGGACCGCUUGAUCCAAGAACAUGCGGAGAGGCUCCGGCACGCCCUGGCACUCACGAGGCGGCGUCAGUACCGCUCACUGCUCGGCGCGGCCGAGCCGACGGCGGCGCGGCGGAUAAGGGAGAAGGAGGCGGAGGCCUCGGAGGCGUUGCGUUGCGGCGCGGAGCUGGAGGACCGGAUCGCGCGGCUGAGGGCGGAGGCCACGGCGUGGCAGGAGAAGUCGCUCGCCGACCAGUCCACGGCGGUGGCACUCCACGCGCAGCUGCAGCAGGCGGCGGCCGCGGCCGCAGCGCAGGCGAGGGGCAAGGCCGAGGAAGACAACGCCGCAGGCGCCGCGGACGACGCGGAGUCGUGCUUCGUCGACCCGGACAGGGUGGUAGAGAUCGUCCCACCGCCGGCGGCGGCGGCGGCCAGGACGUGCCAGACGUGCCGGCAGCGGUCGGCUUCCGUCGUGCUGCUCCCAUGCCGGCACCUCUGCGUCUGCGCCGCCUGCGAACCCGUCGUCCCCGCCAGUGCCCCCUGCGCCGCCGCCGUUGCAGCCUGCCCCAUGUGCCGCGGCGCGGUCACCGGCACAAUGCAAGUGUUCUUCUCCUAGCACCAUUAGGAAAAGGAGAAAAAAAGAAAGAAAAAUUGGUACUCCUACCAAAAGGCGUACUCGGAAUGGCCGGUGAAAAUGAAAUCCGAGCGACGGAAAAUUGUAGAGUGCAUCACUUCCCUCUCUUCAAUCUGUUAUUAACUAAUCCCUCUAUUAGUAUUA